UGAUGACGUAGUGGCUAGACACUUCCACUGACUCCUCUAGUUACGGUCGCUUUUCGAACAAAAUGUAAGCUAAUGCGGAAAAUUGAUGGCUUAUUCUCAAAGGAAGGUUAAGGGAAGGUUUGCAGGAAAGGUAGAGCAACUUGCUUGUUAAAGAAAUCUCGUAAUCUGCAAGAUUCAUGGGACAGGAAGUCUUUAUUAACACUUUUACAAACAACUAAAUAUGGCGUCUGCAAGCCUGGCUUCAAAUGCUCCAAGAAGCUCUUCUUGCUCGACAGGUGAGUGGACUGACAGGUUGGACUAGACUUAAGCUUACUAGUUUAUGAGAAUAACCCAUGACUUCUGUGAAUCUUUUGCCCCUUCGGAGAUUCUGAAAAAUGUGCAGUGAAUAUUGUUGUUAAUAUUGUUGGGCUUGCAAACUCGAAACGAGCAGAUAUUUUUUAACAAAAGCGACCAAGGGAUUUUGUUCAAGAGUGUUAGCGCAGUUGUUUCUGCCAUAACCUAAAUAACAGAUGAAAAGUCAAAUGGUCGUAAGUCGAUAGUUUUAUCUAAUUUUAUGCACCCCGUGAGACCUUCGACAGUCGCCGUGAAGCACUGAAUAAGCUGAUUCUUUCAAAGCGUUGAACUUUGAAAGCCUUCUCUCGUCUAUGCUUUACAAAAGUCGCCGUUAUCUUUAUAAUCGGAUGGACUUUAAUUUGCCAAUCAAUUUUGUUCGUUAAGUCCCUGUAUAUUUUGCUUGAUCUUUUGAUAACUUCAUUAGCAUUAUUCAUUACCAGUUAAAUGAUUUUAAUGCUAAGUGAGUUCUGUAUGUCACUUAAGACCUUGCUAAUUAGUUUUGAAUUUAUAGUUUACAAGGACAAUCAGAUAAAACGGUUCUAGAACUGUGCUUUAUCAACGAUCAGUUUUAAAUUGCUGAUGUAGCACAUAUCAGCUUUGUAAAAUGUAAAACUUUGAAAGUUUUUAUGUAAAUUAGCAAGGAAAGUCUGGACUAACAGGAAGUGCUAAGUGUGUGGAUGGAAAAGUUUGUAUGAAAUUUGAUAUUUUUUUAAAAUUUGAUCUGUUAAAUGGCUUUUAGCCAAACCUCUAAAAAAGUGUAACUUCGUAAUGGUCAUGGGACAGAUCAAGUGAAAAGUAUGGCGAUGUAAGCAGUUUUUGAUCUUGUAAUUUCUGAGAAAUGGUCUAUUUUUGUUGCCAUGGCAUUACUGAGUCUCACAAAGGGUUUUCUACCACCAAUUGUUUCUUCCCUUUUAAGGAAAAAAUACUUAAGAAAUAGCACAUCAGAGUUAUUUUGCCAUGAUGGAAAAUUAAGCUCACAGAUGCUGAAUUCAUGCUGCUGUAAGUUUUGUUUCUUUUUCUCUGAUCUCCAAAUCAUUGGCUCAAAGUCAACAAAAGUAUCUUAAUUAUAGGAGACAUUUUGUUAAAAUUUAGUAUCAUCUCGGUUGUUAUUGUAUUCUACCCAACUUGGUGAGUAUAAAACUAUUGCUGAGGCUGUAGUAGAGAUGUAGAGUAAAAACUUUAAAGAUUAUUUUCUUGUCAUCUUUACUUCUCAUAUUUGCUAAAUUCCUGUACAUAAAGUAAAACUCUACUAGUGUUCUGCUACAAAUGCCACAUUUUUAUUUAUUGGUUCAUAUGCUUGAUAUCACUAUAUUGUAAACUGCACAAUACAAUAUAGUAUACCAACAGUUGUAAUCUGCACAUUGUGUUUAUAAUUAAUAUUAAACUGUUAACCACUGAGCUAAUAAAAUUGUAAAAAUGCUCAAUGUGUUGUAAUCUCCUGAAGUGUUUGCUGUCCAAUAAUUGUUUGCAAAGUGUGGAAGUCAGAACCAUCUCAGUCAAUCUUCCCUUGUUAACCAAGAAAUUGAAUAAUCAAAAGAGUAUAUUGCCAACUCAGUAGAAUAUUGUAAAUGGGAUUUUAAACCCUUUGGGAUAAUCAGAUGGUCAAUAUGGCACUAAACUCAAGUGAAUUAUCCAGUUUUGUGCUGCGUUAUAUAUUUCAUGAAAGCUUUUAAGCCAGAAAAUCCAAAAAGCAGUCUCACUUUUACUGUAGCAGGGCUGUCACUAAGAUUUCAAGUCGCUGGGUAAAUACAACAAGUAGGCAGCUUGGGAUUUGUUUUGGUUCUAUUUUUCUUCUAUUUUCCUAUGAAAGUAGCUGAGGGCCACGUCCUUAAUAGUAGCCAGGGGAAAUCCCUGGCCCCUGCUUCUUAAUGACAGCCCUGACUGUUGUGCAGCUGACAAAUUGUACAGUGUUGGAGUAAUACUAGGAACAUAUGGCACAGAUUUUUGUGGAUGAUUGAAGCUGUAUGCUUGAAAAACAGAGAUGUGGACUGUUUGCUAAUGUUUCACAACUUGCCUUAAGUAGCUUUGCAAACAAUCUGUUUCAUGAAGGCAAGAAAUGGUGCAAAAUAUAUUGCACAGUUUACAAGAUACUGUGUAUAAUUUAAUACUUUGUAGGUAAAAUCUAUAAUUCUCGAUGUAUAAAGCAAGUAUUCAACCUAUUACUGUUUGUGAAUUGUGUUAGAGUUUUAGCUUGUAGCCUAUAAGGUUGAAUUUAAUUAAGUGCUGGUUUUGUGUGAAUAUAGAUUUUACAGAAUUUGUUGUGCAGUAAAAAUUAAGUCCUCACGAUCUAUCAGCUCUAAUUAGAUAAUGAAUCAAUUCAAAGAGGACAGACUGCAAAUUGUUGUAGCUCAAAAUAUCUAAAAGUUGAAACUGUUCUUCGGUAGGAUGCGUAAAAUGUAUGCAAUUACACAUUUGGUUUUGGCCUCAUUAAAUCCUCAAAAGAGAGAUAUCUGAAAAAAGUAUGUUACAAGUCAAAGUUAAAUAAUUUCAGGUUUAAUUUCUUAGCCUAAUGCUCCAUUCACACAAACUUAACAUGUUUAAUUAAACCAGGCUUUUAAAAAUGAAACGCAGAUACUGAAAACUGGAAUGCAGGUUUUCACACAGGAUUCAAAUGAAACUCAAUAUGUUUUGUAAUUUGCACUAAAUUUGCAAUUAACUAAGUCAGUAAGCAGCUUUUAUGAAGAAAACAAUUUAAACUGUGUUUAACUAAACAGCCUUUAAUUAUGACUUGUUUAAUGUUUGGUGUGAGUGGGACUGUUGUUUAGCAAUUUUCUUUGUCUCCUAACCCUAGUUAAAAAUAUUAUUAAAGUAACCUCACCUGGAAAUGCCGCGUCAUAUUUGAAAUAGAAUGCCUAUAGAAUACAUAAGGAAGCUCACUUUUCAUUUCUAUCAACUUUGAUUAUUGAUUAUUGAUUAUUGAUUAUUAUUGAUUAUUGAUUAUUGAUUGAUUAUUGAUUAUUAUUGAUUAUUGAUUAUUGAUUAUUAUUGUCAACUAAUCUACUGAAAUCGCUAGUUUACCUUCACCUUCAACUUCAAGUUUUGUAAAGAGUAAAAAAAACUGUUCUGUUAUGAAUAUUUUUUCUAGAUAACAUGUCAGAAUGUAUUGUUCACAAUGAAAGUCUCAGGUGUCGUUGGAUGGUUCAUCAAUCAUCAUUACUGCGCUCCAGAUCCCGUCGUCCCCUAUCUUUAGAUGACAGUCGUGUUGCUGAAGCUUGCUUAGUCGACAGUCCACUUGAUAUGUCUCAAUCGUUUAGUGAUGACUCUAGUGUAUUUUCGGCUUCACCCCGAUCCACUGAAGUACAUGGAAGUUCAUUGUUUGACUUGACUCCUACUAGACCCUUCAAUACAUCACCAAAUCCACAAAGACGUUUGUUCUCAUGUCCAGAAAGUGAGUAUAGUGUUAGUGAAAUUAGACACCAGUCAGACAUGCAUUAGUUUAAAGGCAGAAGCAAGGAUUUGUACUGUUGGUUGGUGCGCAGCCUUCUCCAUGGCAGGUCCUGAGUUUGAUUUCUGGGUGGGACGUCAAAUCCUUGGUUGUUUACCAUGCACUAAAAGUCUCUGGACCACCUGGUCAGAAACUAAAUGGAACUCAACUUUUUUGGUUGUCCUAGUGGAAAAUUUCUGGAAGCAACCAAACAUCUGAAAAGGCAGUCCUGUUUUUUCCAGAAUGGAAUGUUCCAAAGGGAAAUUUCUGUUCCAUUUCUUAAAAGCCAUCUUUGAUACCAGUUUCAGGCCUUUUUAGUUGUUUUUCCUUAAAUGGAACUGAUUUGUUCAAAUGGUAAACGUGAUUCCUGGAAAAUAUUUACCAGUUCUGAAUUUUAAUGCUUACCAUUGACCCAAACCACCCAUAAACCGACCGGUUUGCCAUUGUAAAUGGUAAACAAUCCUUCUUGUCUUUCCAUUGCAGCCUUAAGUAGAUUAAAUACCCAUAAAAGGGAGUACUGAUGGGGGAGGGGGGAUGACCACAACAUCAGCUUUUGUGUAAAUUUAACCCUGAAACUGGCAAUUUUACAUGUAUGUAUGAAAGGACCCCCCUUGGGUAGACUCUCUCUCCAGUUCUAUGAUUUGGUCCUUGGACUGUUUCAGUGCUUUCUAUAGGAAGGUGUUGUUGUGACUUGAUUUUGCGGUGGAUUUGAGUGGCAGCUUGCAUAAAAUCUACUGAUUUUUUAACUGCUGUAAAAUCCCAGUUUUUGUCAUCUGUAGUCAGCUUUAAGGAAUUGCGCUAGGUGUUAUUCUCUUCAACUGACCUUCAACAUGGAUCAAAACUUGCAAUUCUGAAGAUAAAUCUUCCAGCAAAGGAAAACUACCAGUAGUUCUAAUGACUCCUACAUGUAAUAGUGAUUGACUUGAUAUGAUGAAGCAACUUUGGAAGUCGAAUGCCCUUUGAGAGUUGUAAUUGUAAACGAUUUGGUAAAAUAUUGACAAUAAAUCCUUUUUCAUAUUUUAUUGCUGUAUUUAGAAGAGCAUUCUAUGACGAACAUUUUGAUAUUAUAGUUAAUGGCGCUGGGAGUCAUUGUUUAGAAUAAUAUUGAAGCUUUCAGCAUAUUUUCAAAACACAGAUGCAGGGAUAGAAUUUCCCAAAAAUGUUUUCCAGAUAAUUAUGGGUUAGACCAUAUCUAGUUUUCCCUAAUAACAUUAGUUAGAAGGUAUCUACUAUAUAUAGGUGAGCUGAUCCCAGUUGAAGAUUUCUCUGACUCUUUUGUAAAGAAAACGUACUGACAGUGGGUCCAUGGAUGAUUACUUUGCAGAUAGCAGCUUGACUACUCCUUCUCCACCCUGUUUGCAAUCAUUAUUUUAUGAUAUAAAUGAGGAUGUUGGAGCCUCUUGGAGAAAGCUUGGAAGGCAUUUACUAAUAAAGGAGUGUGUUCUUAACAACAUUAAUGAAGACUUCAGUGGUGUUAGCGAAAAGGCGAUUCAGCUUCUUUUCAAAUGGAAAGAAGAUAAUGGUGCUUCUGCGACACCUGAGGUGCUGUUUUCCGCAUUACUGCACAUAAGACGCACUGAUGUAGCCAAGAAGUUGAUAUCGCUGUUUCCAUCAUUGUUACCUCUGUCAUAUAAACUGGAAAAUGUUGUCACCAGUGACUGCACUCUUUAUUCCUCCUGCUCACUAAACCCAGAGAAUUUGACGGUUAAAAAAGUGUUACAGUCAAAAGAUGAAAAGGUAAUGCGGUUUACUGAUUAAGGUUGAAAUGUUAAGUAUCGCUACAUGUAAAUCAGAGUUUUAUAGUAAAUUUAUCACUUUUAUAAUAAUAUAAGCCUUGUCUUAAAAAACAUGUUAGGGUAAUAAUCGUUUUUCUUAUUAUCUGUGUAGGUCCUUGUGUGCUCAACUUCAGAGUCUUCUGAAAGAUUUCUCUUAAAACAAGUUGAGGAUAAAGAGAAUACUUUUGCUGUCAGAAAGGUAAAGCUUGAAAGCUGAACUGGGAGAGAAAUCUGGCAGUUUGUUGAAAGUCUUAAAAGAUAUGUGAUCCUGGUCUCAGUUGUUCAAAAUUUAAUGUUAGAUAGCGCUAUCCAAUGGAUACUGGUAACUCAGAUCACUAUCCAUUGGAUAAGUAUUAUGAAGAAAACUGUGUUAUCUGCUGAAUAGAAAUUUAUACAGUGAAUAGCGUCACCAACCCUUUAAACACCCCAGGCCUUGAGGCUAUUAAUUGAUUAUUUUAUUCUUGCACUAAUUUUUUUAAAUUAAUUUUUUUGACUUUUAUGUUUUCUCUUUAAACAGUGUUUAGACUGUAAGGCACUGAGACAACAGCACAAGCAGUUACGUAAGACUGAAGAAUUUAUCAAAGAACUAGAGAUGAAACAAAAAAUGGUCCAAGACCUGCUUAAUGUUAUUGAACAGCUCCAGAAUCAUCUUCUUACUCAACAUGAAGCCAUCACCCAGGAGCAAGUCAGUUGCCGCAACUGUGGGCAGUAUAAUAUCAAACAAGAUCUGGUGCUUAAGGAGUUGACACUUUUACAUCAUGAACUUAAAAGGAUGAUUAAAAGCAACCGUCGAAUCUCAUUUAGUGGCAUUCCUACUGAGAGGAUCUACAAUGUGGCAACAAGAACCUACACUGUGUGCGAGGAACACAAGGAAAUGCACACUGAACACAACAAAAGACGACAAAGCUUCUGUCAACAUCCUGACAACAUGACAGAAUCUGAUGAAGGUGAUGACUACAUUGAAGGACCAUUAAUGGUUAGUAUUCAUCCUCCAUUAGACCUCCAUUAAGCUGCAACUCUCUCUUAAGCGGCCUGUAAUCCAAGUCCUGAAGUAAUUUAUUGUAGAAAAAAUUGUAAAUGAAACCUAAAUUAAACAACCACCGUCUGUCAAGCAGCUGGAGUAACCUUCUAGCCAUCCAUUAAAAUAUUAAUGGCCCUCAUACACUUGAUACAUUUAAUUUGGCUUUAUUUUAAAAAAAACCUGAUAAAGCAAAAUACACUCCCAGAUAAAAGGUGAUGACUGUUUGUGGACCGGUAAUACUGCUUCGCCCUGUGUUUAUUUCAAAGUGAAGUGAUGUUUUUGCUAAAGAUUGGGCUAAUUUAUGAAAAACUGAGUGGGCAACCUCCAUUAAAAUGGCCACUUGCUUGUACCCCCAGGGUGGUGGUUUAACUGUAGUUGGAAUAGUGUUUGUAGUCAGUGAAGUCAGUCUGUUUAGCCAUUUAUAGCAAAUUGAAGGUGAAAUGUAAGAGGUGAUUCCUUGUUGUUCCUCUUUAGUGUACAAUGAGUGUGAUUACUCGUAUUGGACGGAGGCGCAAAGUAACCCAGUCCUUGAAACCAAAGAAGUCUAUUGCUGGGAACAAAAUGAAGGUAGGCUACUUUAUUUUUGGCCAUGUGGUGAAUUCUGUUGUAUUGUCAUUGCUGAAUAUUUUCGUUCAAGUUUUUUUUUUUUAUGGUAGAAGUGCUCAACAUCGUAGUGCUUUCUGUUGGGUAUACUGUGUAGAACUGCAAUCCUCCCAUCACUGAAGUCUGAGUAUGUAACACCCCACCCAAAAUACAUGUACUAUGUGUUGUUUGUGUUACAUCCCUUUGUUAGCUACAUAGAGGAUAUUACAUGGUGGCACGAAGAUAUGAAUUUUAUUUGCGAGUGCCGAAAACAAUAUUUUACGAACGAGCGUAGCGAAUGAGUAAAAUAUUGUUUUUGCCAGAAGAAAAUAAAAUUCAUAUUUUCAAGCUGCCGUGUAAUGUUCUUUUUAUUAUAUAGACAAAAAGACAUCGAUAACAUAAUAGAUUUUUAUUUGCCAAAAAGGAAGACGCUGACAAAUUUUGAGGGGAAAUUACCGAAAUUACGUCAUCGAUAAACUCACAUGUGAGAUUAUGGAAAAUAAACCAUUCGAGUCCCGGAUGUAGUUUUUGUGAAUUUUAUACAAGUGGUAUAUUUUCCAGUAAAACACUCGUGUCUAUAUAAUAAAUAUCAAUAAUCAAUGAUAUACAGCUUAGCCAUGUCGACAACAAAAAACAUGAUGGUAAGCCUGUGGUCAGAGUUAUGUAAUGGCUCAGAGCGAGCUGACUUGCAUAAAUUUUAUUUUUACAAACAGAGAAGCUUAAGUAAACAUUCUAAUUUAUUUCAGCUAACGAAGUCCAACAGCAAUCCUCUCUCAUCCACUGAAAACUUGGGGGUCUCAAAACGAAACAGCUACCUCCUUGCACAAGAAAGCCCCAUCAUGGUUUCAAGUGUGUCACAGUCACAGUCACAGUCUCCAAGAGACUGGUCUGGAGUCCCUGCUUUCACGGUACAUAUGUAA